AUGACGGUCUCAGCUCCUCACUCACCUCGGCCGCUGCGCCCGAACGAACGGAUAUUAACCAACGAAGAUGGCGGCAUCGUCACACCGGCGCGCGCACCGUCGCCAGUUCACCAAUUCGGUACACUCGCAGUGCACGCCGGCUCACCUCACGACCCAUCGACGGGGGCCGUGAUCGAACCACUAUCACUAUCAACUACAUUCGCCCAGACAUCAGUCGGCAAGCCAGUCGGACAAUACGAGUACAGCCGCAGCGCGAACCCGAACCGAAGCAAUUUCGAAGAAGCAGUCGCCGCACUCGAACACGCACGCUACGCGCUGGCAUUCGCGUCGGGGUCUGCAACGACCGCAACAAUCCUACAAUCCCUAGCGGCCGGAUCGCACGUCAUCUCGGUAUCGGACGUAUACGGCGGAACCCAUCGCUACUUCACCAAAGUGGCCCUGGCGCACGGGGUAGAAGUGACAUUUUCGCCCUCGAUCGAGCUGGACGUGGAGGAACUGAUUCGGGAUCAAACAAAACUGAUCUGGAUCGAAUCGCCAUCAAACCCUACGUUGAGCCUGGUCGAUAUUAGAAAUGUGGCGACCGUGGCCCACCGACACGGUAUCCUGGUGGUGGUCGACAACACUUUCUUAUCGCCGUACGUGCAGAACCCUCUCGACCACGGCGCCGAUAUUGUCGUGCACUCUGUGACAAAAUACAUCAACGGACACUCGGACGUGGUCAUGGGCGUGGCGGCGUUUAACUCCGACGAGCUCAAGGAACGAUUGUCGUUCCUGCAGAAUGCUAUUGGGGCCGUCCCAUCCCCCUUUGAUUGCUGGCUCGCUCAUCGGGGAUUGAAGACGCUGCAUUUGCGUGCCCGUGAAGCCAGCAAGAAUGCUCUGGCCGUCGCCAGGGCGCUCGAGGCUUCGCCGAACGUUAUUGCCGUCAGUUAUCCUGGUCUGGAUUCCCAUAAACAGAGAGCCAUUGCCCUCAAACAGCACCGCGAUGGUCUGGGCGGUGGUAUGCUCAGUUUCAGACUCAAGGGUGGCCAUGCCGCUGCCGAGCGCUUCUGUCAGCAGACGCGUAUUUUUACUCUUGCUGAGAGUUUGGGCGGCGUUGAGAGUCUUUGCGAGGUUCCCUCUGCCAUGACCCAUGCUGGGAUCCCAAAGGAACAGCGCGAGUCGAUUGGUGUCUUUGACGACUUGGUCCGCUUGAGCUGUGGUGUUGAAGACGCCGAUGAUCUGAAGAAAGAUGUUCUGCAGGCUUUGGAAAGGGCCGUUAUUGCACCAAAGAUAUCAAAUGGCGUCGCGAAUGGCGUUGAUGGUCCUUUGCCCAGAAGAUAG